AUGUGAAAUAUCUAUUCAUUUGGCGUGUUUUGUUUUAUCAAAUGUACUAAAUUUGUUGGUGUAAUCACUGUGAACUGAUUGUUGAGAAGGUUUGUGAUUUCAUAUUGAUAAACUAUGGUGAUUUAUUGUGUCGCCUUUGGAUGCAAGAACGAGAAAGACGAAAGUCAAUUGUCAUUCCAUGGUUUUCCAUUCAGACAUUCUUGAAUUGUAGGCAGUUCGUAGAGAGAAUUGGACUGCAUCUAAAACCAGCAAGCUUUGUGGAGAGCAUUUUCUGCCAACUGAUUAUUCAUUUAGACAUACCAGGUACUGCUAGGUUAUUGAAACCAGAUGCUGUACCCAGUAUAUUUUCAUUUCCUAAGCAUUUGUUACCAAAAAAUGCUGAUCCUCGCAGGAAAAUAAGGAAACUCAUAGGUACCUAG